CAGAAGGAGUCUUUCAUUUCAGACUUUGAAUUACUUCUUCAGCGAUUCUCCAAUCUGUGCGCUGCCAACAUGAACAGCUGAAACUUGGCAUCGCAAUUAUUAUUUCCUUCUAAAACAACAAAACCGUUAAAUUAUCAAACGACCUUCCAAAGCGCUGGCGAGGACAUUGGAGAGAGGAGCGUAGAGAUUACCCAGCAUCCUCUGCUGUUAGGAGUGUAGGAGUUACCCAGCUCCCUCUGCUGUCAGUUACCCAUCAUCGUCUGCUGUGACGCAGCAUGGAGCGAUCAGCAGGCUGUGCAUCAGUGAGCCCCAGGGCCCUCGUCCUGCCUCCGGGGCAGUUGGAGGGGGCAGGAGGGCCAGAGGGGGCAUUUGGGGUGCAGGUCCACGUCCAGGGGGCUGACGGUCACUCCUUCGUCGUCCUGAACAAGCAGAAGCGGAACGUGCCGCGCUACAGUGGCCCAGAGGUGACAUUUGUGGAGCACUACAGUGUGUACAGUGCCACAGGAGGGGUCUGCCCCGCAGAGAUGCCCCCCCGCUCCCCCAGGCAGGCCACAGACCAGAGGGCGGGUCCCCCGCAAGCACCCCCCUCCUCCUCCUCCUCCCCACUGCUCAACUAUCAGCGACACCCAGAGCUGCUCCGGCCGUACCACCCCCAAAACAACAGCCUGGAGCUGGGCAGCAGCCGCGGUCCACACCCGCCCCCCCCCUCCCCGGCCUCCCCCUCCGCCGCCUCCUCCUCGCCGCUCUACUCGCUGGUGGUGCACAAGGCACGCAUCCCCCUGCCGCUGACCGCUCGUGAGCGGGACAGGGAGCGGCCGCAGGUCAAAGGUCAUCCGUCCUCUCAGCGGAGCAGAGUCCCCCCCACCAAGCCCCCCCGCGGCGCCUCAGAACCGGGCAAUGAGAGGGGCGGGUUUGACGAGAGGGAGGCGGGAUAUCGGAGACGGAUGACCGGAGAGGAGAGGAGGCGUUCCCGCAGCGCAGACAGCUCCGCCUCCUCUGACCCUGUCGCCAUGGCGACAGCCAGGGGGGUCAGGGGUGAGGUGGGGGGAGGGGCGAGUGCCCCGACAUCACCCAGACCUCCGGUCACGAGCCCAGUCCAGCGAGGAGAGGGGGCAGCAUCCCAGAGGGCAGAUGCCCCGGGGCAGAAGAGUCCCAGAUCUGCCCCGGUCCUGCUGAAGGUGGAGAGGACAGAGUCCAGAGUCCAGCAGGCCGCAGGACAGACCACCUGUGAGAGAGACAACCAGGUUACUCCUGAUCUGUUGGAGGGCCAACGCCAGCUUUCCCCCAAAGCAGACAGCGUCACAGAAGACAGUGCCAAACGGGCUCUUUUCACCUACCUGAAACAUGGAGUGGCUGAGAGACUCAGGAAAAGAAAGCGUCUCUCCCGCAGGAGCACGGACAGUGAUGACGUCAUACGGAGGAAGGUCAAGAUGAUGUUUGAGAAAAUCCACUUACUGAGGUCCUGGGGCUCCGAGAAGCUGGAGGAGAUGUCUGUGUUGGAGCUGCAGGCCUCCCAGCUGAAGAAACAGCUGGAGGAGGAGCAGAAGAGAGGCCGUAGCAGUGCUGAGAUCUGGACGCAGACGGAGCAGGAGCGGAGGGGUCUGCAGGAGGAGCUGAGGAGCCGUCAGGAUGAGCAGGAGAGACUCCAGCAGCAGCUCAGAGACAAGGAGGGUGACCUACAGGCCGCCAUGGUGCAGCUGCACCAGGUGAGGUGUGAGCGGGAGAGGCUUUGUUCUGAGGUCAGAGACCUGCAGGAGCAGCUGUCCGAGAUGCACGACGAGCUGGACAAGGUCAAGCAGGUGGAGGCUAGUGAGAGACAGAACAUUGUGGAGGACCUGGUGAAGCUGAAAGAGGAGUUCCAGGAGGUGCUGGGCUCCCAGGAGGCGCAGGAGGAGGUGCUGCGGAAGAAGGAGCGUGAGCUGACGGCCCUGAGAGGAGCUCUGGAGGAGGAGGUGACCGCACAUGCGGAGGAGGUCACCAGCCUGAGGGAGGCGCACGAGCAGGAGGUGCAGCGGCUACAGCAGGAGGCCAGACGGGAGGAGAUGCGGCAGGAGGUGCAGGGUCAGGGGGAGGAGGUGUUCUCCAGGCAGGUGCAGGAGCUGGAGAACCGUGUGACCCAACUCACACAGCUCCUCACCGAGGCCGGGAAAUGCGAGCAGCAACUGAAGGAGCAAAUGCACACACUCUUGGAGGAGAAGGAGCGUUUGGAGGUGUCUCUAGAGGAGGCGAAGCAGCAGGAGGAGGAUCUGUGUGGGGCCAACCAAGCGCUCACGCGACACCUGGAGGAUACCCAGAUGGAGCUGAGGCACAUGAACCAGGAGCACAAGGAGCUCCGGCAGAAACUGAUCCAGGAGGGAGGCGCCAUGGAGGAGCUGAAGGAGGAGAGGAGAAGACAGGACAGAGUGAUGGAGCAGCUACAAGAGGAGAUGAGGCAGGUGGUGUUGGAGUCGGAGCAGGCCACCCUGCGUCUGCAGGAGCAGGUGGAGGAGGUGCAGGGACACACUGAGGGGGAGAUGAGUGACCUCCUCACCCAGCUGCAGGAGCGCAAGCAGGAGCUGCACACACAGAACCAGCACAACCAGAGGCUACGCAAGGAGAUCACAGAGCUGGAGGCAGAGCUACAGCAGUGUGAGAAGGAGCUGGAGGAGGCGGAGCAUAAAAGCAGGAAGUUGGAGAAGAAGGUGGAGGAGCUGGAGGAGCAGAACAGAUCAGGCCAGGAGGAGCGCAGCAGACUGAGUAAACUACUGGAGGCGAGGGUAGCCCAGCUGGAGGAGAACCUGCGGGAGGAGAGGACCAAUGAGGAGCAGCUAAUGCCAAGAAGGCUGGAGAUGGAGCAGGCUAGGGCUGAACUACUGCAGGAGAAGGCAGCAAGACAGGACCUGGAGUGUGACAAGAUCUCGCUGGAGAGACAGAACCGGGACUUGAAGAGCCGUGUGAGCCACCUGGAGGGGUCACAGAGGUCGGGGCAGGACGGGCUGGUGGCACGACUCGAGGGACGCAUCCAGGAGCUGGAGACCCGACUGGAGGGAGAGGAGAGGGAGAGUGGUGUCCUGCAACAGGCCAAUCGUAAACUGGAGAGGAAGCUCAAGGAGAUCAUGAUGCAGGUGGGGGAGGAGCAGCUCUCCCUCAAGGACCAGCGAGACCAGCUGACCCUGCGUCUGAAGACCCUGAAGAGGCAGCUGGACGAGGCGGAGGAGGAGAUCGAGAGGCUGGAGGCAUCCAAGAGAAAGAUCCAGAGGGAGCUGGAUGAACAGCUGGAAGCCAACCAGCAGCUACACACACACCUGACCGAGCUCAGGGCCGACAUCAGGAGGACACGGAGGCCCAUCAUGAAGACUCUUGACGAUGAAGAGGAGGAGGAGGAUGGUGUAUCUGACUGAAAGCAAAAUUCUUAUUCCAUGUGUGACCCAGCUGUUGUGUUCUCCUGCACACACACACACACACACACACACACACACACACACACACACACACACACACACACACAAACUCACACACAAACACACAUGCAUACACACUGCUCCCACUAAUCACAUCAGUGUGCCCACCCUGAGGUCGAACAGCAGUGACACCUGAUGGCCAAACCGUGGAAGUGCAUCAUCAGACAGGGGGAGACUCCAGCAUCCUGACUGGGGAGGGCUACACUAAGGGGACUUCAGAAUCACUUAUUCUUUCCACUCAGUCUUUACAUGACCUGUGGUGUUGUGGUGUACUAAAAUUAAUGUGCUAAAUUAACUCAACAUGUCUUAUUCCAAAAGCAAAAUAAACAAGA